AGAAGAUCCGAGUGUUUUUGUUGCUUUGUUCCAUCACUCAGUUAUUUAAUAAUGUCGCAGGAAGCAAGUCUUAUUACAAUAAUCUGUGAUCAUCUAGGAUGUUUGGAAUAUGAUGACCUUCUGCACAUGGUAGCAGUGGAAGAUUUAGAAAAUGCCAUCAAGAACAGUGACAUUUUCACUGUUAUACAACAAAACAAGAGCAAAAAAAUCCUGGUCACGACAAAGAUCAGGCGCUGCACGACAAUUGAGUGUCAGGAGAGCUGUACAGACCUACAUCUUUGUAAAUUUGAGCUUUUGGGACAAUGCAUUAGACAAAGGUGUAACUACAGCCACAGUCUGGAGUCGGAGCACAAUUCCAGAGUUUUACGUGAGCACGGCUUACAUGAUUUGAGCAAAGAUCAACUUCGUGUGCUGUUGCUACAGAGUGACAGCUCCCUGUUGCCCAACGUCUGUGUCUCAUACAACAAAGGCAGUGGUAAAUUUGGGAACUGUCCUGAUGAGGAAGCCUGUACUCGUCUCCACGUCUGUGGGAAGUACAUCAGAGGACUGUGUGACGGCAGCAGCGACUGCAACAGAUGCCAUGAUUUCUAUGAACCUCAUCCAAUGAAAACACUGCAGGCCAAAGGAGUAGCCAGUCAGCUGAUAGGAUCUCUUCUGCUGAUCUAUCGGAAUAUUCUGACACUAAAGGACCACAGAAAUGCUCGGGAUAAACCUGGAGCCAGAAGCAAGGAGAACCCUAAAUCCAGCAGCAGACCCAAAGUACCCAAGUCCUUACAGAGGAACACAGAAAAUGUGAUUUGCUUCUCGUUUAUCAGAGGAACCUGCAAAUAUGGAGAUAAAUGCUGGAGAGUCCAUUUUAGCCUUCCAUAUAAGUGGGAGGUGGAGGUGGAUGACGUUUGGAUCGACUUACCUGACAACGGAGUGAUAGAAAGAGAUUACUGCAAUCCGACCAAGAGCCACAGUGUGGGCAGUGAGCCUGUGUGUUUUGACUCAAUGAUGCACGGAGUUCACAGGGUGCGGCGUCUCUCUACAGUGUCUUCAGUGACUGAACCCACCUUCAGCCACACUACGAAGUGGAUCUGGUACUGGGAGGAUGAGUAUAAGAACUGGAUCCAGUAUGGAUCAAUUAAGGAGAUGCAUCGAAUGUCCUCCAUCACCAGUGAUGAAGUGGAGGAAAAAUACCUCCGUUUCCUGGAGGACAACACCCAUGAUGUGUUUAAAUUUACUGCUGGUAAAGAGUUUUAUGAGCUGAAUUUUAGAGAUAUGAAGCAGAGGAAUGAAGUGAGUAACACAGAGAGAGAAGUUAGACGGCGGCCGUUCUUUGUUUCUCCUUAUGAUAUCCGGACUGCUAGAACCAGAAGAGGUCCAACCUCCAGCUCUCAUAAAGGUGUCCCAGGUUUUUGGGAUAAAUCUGCAAUUCCUGAAUCUGGAUUUCAGCGCGUCUUAAUUAACGCAUCUCACAAGGACCAUGUCAAGGUACAAGAACUUUUCAACAAAACUAUGAAGGACUUUAGCAUCCUGACCAUCGAACGAGUCCAGAACAAGGAAUUAUGGGAGGAUUUUCAGACGAAAAGAGAGCGAAUGAAAAAAGCAAACAGCCACAAGAAAUACGGCGAGGCAGAGCGAUUGUUAUUUCACGGCACCAAUGCCAAGAAUAUUGAUACUAUCUGUCGCCAGAACUUUGACAUGAGUCUAUCUGGAGCCAAUGCAACAGUGUACGGGCAAGGAUGUUACUUUGCCAGGGAUGCAAAGUAUUACCAUGAAUACACAGAUCACGAUGGUGAAAGAUCCAUGUUCGCAUGCAGAGUGUUGGUUGGCCAGUACACUAAAGGAGAAUCUCAUUACUGCAGGCGUCCAGCCAGAGAUACAGCAGGAAAUCUUUAUGACAGUUGUGUAAAUGAUGUACGCGAGCCAACCAUUUAUGUGGUGUUUGAACGGUCUCAGGUCUACCCAGAAUUUCUGAUUACAUAUGAGAAGACCAGGUUCCCUAAAGAUAACAUUAUUCAGUCUCAUCGCACAAGAAAUGCCAGCGAAUAUUCUGCUAUUUUUGGUGAUGCUUUUGAUGUGAGCCAAACAGCAAGCAGGAUUAGCACAAGUUCACCUCACAAGGCAAACAAUAUCACCUCGGUCUCUGAUUCCACUAAUACAGGAGCGACAUUAACCACUAUGAGUUUCCCUACAAUAGGAAACCCUCGUUUUGCUGCCUUGGAUUCACCAGCUAUAGAUGUCUCUUCAGACUCUCAGACAGAUGAUACAAAAAGCCUAAAUGUCAUCAUUGCACCUCCAAAAAGUGAGCUAUCUAUUCAUUCAAAGCCAACUCCGAGUUUAACUUCUCUCAGCAGGUUGCUAAAAGAGUCAGCUCAGGGCUUGAGUACAUCUGCUGCAACUCCAGUUUUCUCCAGUUCAGAUAGUCUGCUAAUCGCUGCUCAAACUAGCCGAACAGAUAACAGUAUUCAGUCUGGGAUCGUCAAAAAUCAACAAGAGACUUUGACAGCUGGAAGCUGUAACCUAGCUACUGAAAGGUCUCAGAGAUCAGAGCAAGAGUCACAAAAUUCUGUACCAGAAUGUUCAUGUUCUUCAGACAAGGCCAAGAUUUUUGAUGCUUCAUCUGAUGCCUCGGAGAUGGACAGCAAAACCUCAAUGCCAUCCAAAACGGCUUGCUCUUCAGCUCAUAAGCAGUGUCCCUCUGAUGGUUCCUUGUCAAGAUCCUUAGUCUCCUUUGAUGAGUCUUGGUCUUCUGAAAAAUUUUGUCAAAAUGUUGAUGCCUUUGAUGACACAUUUAAUGUAAGCCAAACAGCAAGCGUAAUUAGUACAAGUUCACCUCAUAAGGCAUACAUCACUUCUGGUUCAAUAGGAGAGGAAGUCCUUACUUCAAAGCCAGCUCAGGGUUUAACUUCGCUGAGCUACACUGGGUUGCCAAAAACCUCAGCUCAGCUUACAUCUGUGAAAAUUCCAGUUUCCUCCCAUUCAGGUAAUCAGCUGCCGAUCUCAGGUAAGCCGAGCUUAAUAGAUAGAAGUACAAACUCAAAGCUUAGACCAGACCCAGACUUAAUCACGACACAAACAUCUCAUGGCUCACAAAAACCUAUAGCUCACAAAGGAGUGGUGACCAACUUUUCAAAUCCGCUUAUGACUACACCAAGUUCUACAGCCGGGGUGAGAAAUCCCAACUCCGAAGCCUCUUCUGCCAGCAGUCAUUCGGCAAUAGAAAAAAAAAUCUCAGUGAUGUACAAAACCAGUUCCUCUUCAGCUGAUAAGCAGUCUCACUCUGAUGGCUCCUUGUCAAAUUCUUCAGUUUCCUUUUAUGAAAUGCAGCCCUCUGCUCUCUUCAGCACACAAACUCAUCCAAAAAGCCCAAGCCCUCAACAAGCAUCACAUCAAGUAACGAAGAACGUCUUAGAAGCUCAGCGCGUGCAGAAAAAAGGAUGUGUGGUGCAGUGAUUUAAUUUAAUUGCUUGUGUUAAAAUGUGUUUGGGUGCCGUAUUUAUUACUCAAUGAAUAGUUCAACUGUAAUAUUUGAUUGAAGUGAUAAUUUGUUGCAGUGGCUACAAACAUUGAUUUCAGACUGUGCUAUUCAUCGUAUGUAAUCUACCAUAAUUGCUGUUCCAUAUGUCUUAUAAAUGCAAUGUAUGAAAACAUGAAUAGCCUCUUAUCAAGCUCUCUGUAGAACCAAACAAGUUGGCAGCCACUUUUAAGAAGAAGAAGAAACCUUUAUUUGUCACAUGCACACUUCAAACACAGUGAGAUUCAUCCUCUGCAUUUAACCCAUCUGAAGCAGUGAACACGCACACCCAGAGCAGUGGGCAGCCACACUACACUACAGCACCCGGGGUUGAGUCAGAGGUUAAGUACCUUGCUCAAGGGCAUUUCAGCCCAAAGUCGCCCCACGUUAACCUAACUGCAUGGACUUGAACUGUGGGGGAAACCCACGAUGACACAAGGUGAACAUGCAAACUCCACACAGAAAGGCCCCUGCCAGCUGCUGGGCUCAAACCUAGAACCUUCUUGCUGUAAGGUGACAGUGCUAACCACUACACCACCAUGCCACCCAUGUAUUUCAGUUAACUCUUCUGAACAUUCCUGAACUUUCUGUUCUUGUCUCUGAUGUCCACUCAGGACAUUUGUUUGGUUCUGUGUUCUUUAUUUGUAUACCGGUAUGUGGUCAUUUUCCAACCUUUUUCAUCCAUUCAGCAGGCUCUUUUUUGUUAAUUGGCCUUUACGACUUGUGUUUGAAAAGACUGAGUUGUAAUUGGAUGGCAUCUUCACAUAUAGGACACUGCUCAUGGGCAGUUGAUGGUUCAAGCAAUUGAAAUUCUCCAAUGAUUUGUAUACCUUUAUUUUACUAAAGCUUUUUGCUGCAGUGAAACCUGAUUUUUCCUGGCAGCUUUUGCUGGAGAGACAUAAAUAAAUAGCCUUUUAGGCUUCUGAGUGGCUCAACACAGCCAGCCGUAGCCUGGAGCCAAGCAAGGGCAAAAAUUGGCCGUGCUCUCGGCGUGGAACGGAUGGUAUGCACUCUCGCCCUGUGUAUAUUAUAUCAAAAAGAAACAUUAACACAUUCAGCAGUUUUAACUACAGGUUUGAACCAGGCCAGAGAAACAAGGGUUUUGCUGAACUCAGUCUCUGUGAAAGAAAGAAAGAAAGAAAGAAAGAAGCGGGAAGGAAGAAAGUAGGAAGGGAAAGAAAGAAAGCAUGGGAAAGAAGAGGAAAGGAAAGAAAAAGAAGGCAGGAAUGUCAAAAGAAAGAAGUGGGAAGGAAGGGAAAGGAAAGAAAGAAGGUAGGAGGGAAAGAAUGAAAGAAAGAAAAAGAAAGAAGGGAGGAAGGAGGGAGGGAAGGAAACAAAGAAAAGGGAGGAAUGUAGAAAGAAAGGAAGGAAUGAAACAAAGAAACAAGGGAGGAAUGCAGAAAGAAAGAAAGAAAGAAAGAAAGCCUGUCUUUUCUUCAUGCUGGAAAGAUCCUCCUGUCAAAUUUCAGUACAAAUAAACCAAAGUGUAUUAGUUUAGUCAGCAGUGAAGCUACAGACUUUAUGUUCUUUUAAUUGCUCAACAACUGCGGUGUUGUAUGUUUUCUUCAUCUUCUACUUACUGGAAAUAAACAUUUGCAAUAUUAUGGGGAAAACUGUCAUAUCACACCAUCAGACUGCCUUUCAGUAUUUAUUACAGGAUGUGACGUUCCAGCCACGAAACUAAUUCCACAACAUCCACAUAGUACAACUACACAAACCCUUCUGUCCCUCAACAUCAAGAGGACAUUUAAUAUCCUGAAAAAAGUAUUUUAUACGUUUGAAAGAUUACAAUGAUAUAACCCCUAUAAAACCCUUUAAUCAGUAAAUUCACAUUUUAUAUGCAAACAGUUAUGUGGUUACUUUUAUAUAAAAACAAAUAUAUACUGCAAGGUAGUGCCAAUACAAUGACGAAAGGUAAAACCACAUAUUUAGCUGCUGUAAUAAUAAUAAUGGUCAUUUAACUUGCACCUUUUAACAACUAAAAAAUUAUACCUUUCUGAGAUGUGAUUCUAUUCCUUUUUUGAUAUCUUGUUUUUGUGUUUGCAUUGCCUUGUGAUUUUUCUGUAUGAUUUUCUAUAGAACUGUAAAAAAUGAAUACAAUUUCUCAUUUGCUAAUUUACCAUACUGUGCACUCUCAGAAAAUAAAGUGCAUUAUUGUACCUUUAGGGGUACAAUGGCUUGUCACUGGGACAAUACCUUCUAAGAUACUUGUUUGUAACCUUUAUACACUACUUGGGAACGUGUGAACCUUUUUGGCCCUAAAAAGGUACAACCCCGAUUCCAAAAAAGUUGGGACAAAGUACAAAUUGUAAAUAAAAACAGAAUGCAAUGAUGUGGAAGUUUCAAAAUUCCAUAUUUUAUUCAGAAUAGAACAUAGAUGACAUAUCAAAUGUUUAAACUGAGAAAAUGCAUCAUUUAAAGAGAAAAAUUAGGUGAUUUUAAAUUUCAUGACAACAACACAUCUCAAAAAAGUUGGGACAAGGCCAUGUUUCCCACUGUGAGACAUCCCCUUUUCUCUUUACAACAGUCUGUAAACGUCUGGGGACUGAGGAGACAAGUUGCUCAAGUUUAG